AGCAACCAUCUGCCAAUGGACAGUGACACCAGUGAGCUGUGGAGAUCUCUAGGGGGAGAGCCCUUGCUUGCCACUCAAGUCUUACAGGUCCUAAUAGAAAAAAUAAAGACGUCAACAAGCCAAGAAGGCAGCAUCACCUCAGAGACUGAAACUGACAGGCAUUUGGCAGCUGCUGAACCUCUCUCAGCAACAUGUGCCAUCUUUGAGGUGGUGUCAGCACAGCAGUCGAGCAAAGCUGUGCAGGAGCUGCUCCCAGAGUUGUUUCCUGUUCUCCUGCAGCAGGUCAGCCGAACCUCAGGACAAAAGAUGCCUUUGCCAAGGAUAAGAAGCCGGAGCCUAUUCCAAAAAGACCAACAACAUACUGAGGGCAACCCUUGCUGGUUUUCUGUCCAAGCGUUAGAAUCUGUGCUUUCCAAAGCUGGGAAUGAGAGACUGGUGAGAGUGCUCAGGACGCAGAAAACAUGGAUUCUGCUUGAAAACCCCCAGACUCACCAUGAGGGAGUGUGUCUGCUGGUGAGUGGUCUGCUAAGAUUUGGACUAAUAACACUUGAGAUCAUCCAGAGCCUCCCCUGGCUAAUGACUGAUCCCAUGCUCAGGGAGAAGAAGUUGCUUAAGAGUGUCUUGCGCAUCUUGGAAGAAAGUUCUGAAGUGAUUGGUGAGAGCAUGAAAGCACUGGCCAAAGUCCUGAAGGAGCUGAAAGAGAAGGACAUUGGUUCUUCCUUCAAAGACCUCACCCAACAGAUCCGGACCUACUUUGACGAUGAGGACGAUGCUCUUCGCUCAGUGGCCUUUGUCCUAUUUGGCAUCCUGGCUCAGUUGACAAAGAAAAAACGGAAGGCCUAUUUCGCCGAGCAGGUUCGAAAGAGCUGGGUCACACUUCUGCUGCACCUGCAAGACCCAAGCCCCAAGGUUUCAAUGGCCAAAGAAAAUGCAGAACUGCUGGAAAACUUGUACAGCACCACCAUCACGUACUUCAGUAGCAGCUGGGAAUGGAUCCGGGCAGUUGCCGCCAACUUAGCUGGUGAGAGAUGA